GUCUUAAAUCAGCACAAGAGAACACAUACAACAACCUUUACACUGUGGCUCGUGCGGAGGCAGAGCGCAUGGGCGCGAAGCCAAUGAAGUCAGUAGUAAGAAAGAAGGACUUCGUAUCGACUGCUAAGGAAACAUUGAUGACGCAUCCCAAAAUCGCUCUGGUAAGCUAA